AUGGAGAAACUUUACACGUAUAUUGAGCAGACCCAUGCCGCUCUGGAAGCUGGUGCCGUGCGGCCAAACACGCUGCUAGACAGCUUGCCGCCCGAACACAGCCACCUGAAGCAAGAUAUUCUUUUGCUAUUUUCUAGCCAAAUCGAGAAAACAAAGGGCCUUUCAGACCCUCUUUCGAGGUUUCAUACACCGUGCCUAACCGUACAAGAGAAUUUGGAGGUGGCAUGCAUUGUUCGCAAUGGGUUGGAGAUGAAGGCGGCGCGGCUUCCAUCCCCCAUCCACCCGCUUUUUCGCCUCUCAGUCCCUCAGGAGAAUCUUAUAUCUAUUGCUAAAAGAAGCUGGAGAAAGGGCUAA